AUGUCAAGAAGAACCAAGACUAUUCUACCUGUAACAGAAGAACUUUUGGUACCCCGAGUAGUAAGUCCAGAGAAAGUGCAAGACCGUUUACAGCAUUAUAAACAUUUACAGAAAAAGGCUUAUGAUAAGAAGUCACAAAAUUUACUAGCGUUAAAGAAAGGUGAUGUG